AUGCCUCAGUUAGAUACGAUUGAGACCGUCGGAACUCCGACUACUGAGACUGAGCCUACGACUCAGAUUACCGGGGAUGACGCACUAUCUCAGGCAAUGUUGAGGGUUUUGAAGAGGGUUACUGGGACCCAUACUGGAUCUGGAUCAGGAUCAGGGAGCCGAGGGUCGAUUAUAGAACAACUUCAGUUUAACGGAGCUGAACUGCUUAGGGGUGUCAUUGGAGUUGCCCCGAAAGUGGCUGAGUAUUGGUUGGAAGCCACUGAGAGAAUUAUGAAUGACUUAGAUUGCACCCCUGAGCAGAAGUUAAAUGGAGCGAUAUUCUUGCUUCACGAUGAGGGAGAGAGAUCAGCGGCCGAGUAUGAGGCCAAUUUUUUUACGAUUGAGCCGAGAGAAUGGGUCUUUGCGGUUUUUAUAAAUAAGGCAAGGAUAGUUAAGGAGGUAAAGCGCAUUGAGUGCGAGAGGAAGGAUCGAGAGAAAUGUCAGAAUAUGAACAAGAGAGAUUUGGGUCCUUCUAGUUCUUUUCAGUGGCCACGAAACGGGCUAGAUUUGAUAAGCUGCUAUGGGCAGAACCAGUCGCCAAAGUGCAGUACAGUGGGGCACAAGAUUAGCGAGUUUCCCUUAAUGGUUGAGCUUGGGCGGGCUCAAGUUCAGGGUCAGAUUUCGUCUCAAAGAGUUGGAACUGUGGGUGAGGAUACUAGUAGAGAACUUUUUAUAAUUAGUCCUUUAGGUCAUUCUGUACGAGUUAGUAAAGUGUAUAGGAGGUGCCCGCUGGAACUUCUCUUUGGGGAAUUUGAUUUGAUUCUGGGUAUGGAUUGGUUGGUAGAGCAUCAGGUUAGAUUAGAUUGUGAGUCCAAGCGGGUGGCUUUCCAGAUUAGGGACGAUUUGGAGGUUGUGAUGGUUGGUGAGCGUUGGGAUUAUUUGUCUAUUGUAAUCUCUAAUUUAAUGGCUGAAAAGUUGGUUCGUAAGGCUUGUGACGCAUAUCUGGCUUACGUGCAUGACACGUGUAGUGAGAGUUUAGUUAUAGAAGAGAUUCGCAUUGUUAAAGACUUUCCAGAUGUGUUUCCUGAGGAAUUGCUGGGAUUACCUCCGAAUAGAGAGGUUGAGCUUGGGAUUGAACUUCUGUCGGGAAUAGCUCUGAUGUCAAUUGCUCCUUACCGUAUGACACUGAAGGAGUUAAAGGAACUUCUAGAUAAAGGAUUUAUUCGAGCUAGUGUGUCUCCGAUUGAGGACCUAUUUGAUCAGUUUCGAGGGGUAUUUGUAUUCUCAAAGAUUGUUCUUCACUCUGGGUAUCAUCAGUUAAGAGUUAAGGAGGCUGAUGUAUACAAGGCUUCUUUUAAUACUCGUUAUGGUCAUUACAAGUUUCUUGUGAUGCCAUUCAGAUUGGCUAAUGCCCGGGUAGCUUUCAUGGAUCACAUGAACCGAGUUUUUCAACCAUAUCUGGAUCAAUUCGUUAUUGUGAUUAUUGACAAUAUAUUGGUCUAUUCUAAGUCAAAGGAGGAGCACGAUGGACAUCUUCGUAUCUGGGUGGAUCCUAAAAAGAUAGAGGCGAUUUUGGAAUGGAAGCAGUUGCGGAAUGUAACUGAGCUUCGGAGUUUUCUGGGUUUGGCAAGAUACUUUCAAAGAUUUGUGGAAGGGUUUUCGUUGAUAGCAACACCUUUGACUAAGUUGUUACAUAAGAAUGCUACACUUGUUUGGGCUAGCGAUGAUGCAUCACAUACUGGUUUGGGUUGUGUAUUGAUGCAAUAUGGAAAAGUGGUUGUUUAUGUAUCCAGACAACUUAAGCAGAACGAGGGUAAUUAUCCAACUCAUGAUCUUGAGCUUACUGCUGUAGUUUUUGCACUUAAAAUAUGGAGGCAUUACUUGUAUUGUGAGAGAUGCAUUAUUUAUGCAGAUCACCAGAGUCUGAAAUAUCUCCUCACUCAGAAAGAAUUAAAUCUUGGGCAAUAUCACUGGAUCGAGUUGCUUAAGGAUUAUCAUUAUUUGAUAGAGUAUCAUCCUGGCAAGGCCAAUGUGAUAGCUGAUGCUCUUUGCCGGAGAUCGAUGAUCGAUUUAAGGGUGAUGUUUGCUCGUCUAAGUUUGUUCGAUGAUGGUGGGAUUCUGGCUGAGUUGCAAGUUAAGCUGUCUUGGUUGGAUGAGAUUAGGAGCAAGCAGUUCCAAGAUGAGUCUCUGGUUAAGCGAGUUCAGUAA